ACGGAAGUGAUGCAUGAGACGUGCGACCCACUGUCAGCCCGUGGUUUGCUGGGCCAGUCGCUAGGAAGCCAUGGAGAACCAUGAGAUAAUUGAAUACUUUAAGUCUCAGGUGAAAGGAGACCCUAACAUGGCCUCCGCGGUGGCUGCCAUCCAGACUUUGCUGGAGUACUUGAAGAGAGAUAAAGGAGAGACGAUCCAGGGCCUGAGAGCGAACCUCACCAAUGCCAUAGAAACCCUGUGUGGUGUGGACUCCUCGGUGGCCGUGUCCUCUGGCGGGGAGCUCUUCCUUCGCUUCAUCAGCCUCACCUCCCUGGAGUACUCUGAUUACUCCAAAUGUAAGAAGAUCAUGAUUGAGAGAGGAGAGCUUUUCCUCAGGAGAAUAUCCCUGUCGAGGAACAAAAUCGCCAAUCUGUGCCACACUUUUAUCAAAGACGGGGCGAGAAUUUUGACCCAUGCCUACUCCAGAGUCGUCCUGAGGGUCCUGGAAGAAGCCGUGGCAGCCAAGAAACGGUUCAGUGUGUAUAUCACGGAGUCUCAGCCUGAUUUGUCCGGGCAAAAAAUGGCCAAAGCCCUCUGCCACCUCAACGUCCCCGUCACUGUGGUGCUGGAUGCUGCUGUUGGCUAUAUCAUGGAGAAGGUGGAUCUUGUCAUAGUUGGUGCCGAAGGAGUGGUUGAGAAUGGAGGGAUUAUUAACAAGAUCGGGACCAACCAGAUGGCUGUGUGUGCCAAAGCCCAGAACAAGCCCUUCUACGUGGUAGCAGAAAGCUUCAAGUUUGUGAGGAUGUUCCCGCUCAACCAGCAAGAUGUCCCAGAUAAGUUCAAGUACAAGGCAGACACUCUCAAGUCUUUGCAGACUGGGCAGGACCUCAAAGAGGAACACCCAUGGGUCGACUACACCUCCCCAUCCUUGAUCACCCUGCUGUUUACGGACCUCGGUGUACUGACGCCAUCUGCUGUAAGCGAUGAGCUCAUCAAGCUGUACCUGUGAGCAGCCCCGUCC